UAGUUGCAAUAAAUUAGAAAUUAUAGCACUAAUUAACUGUUAAUCACCACAGCGUCUUCAUUAUCAACGAUAUAUUUGAAAUUAACUUUUAAUGUGAUUAAUCUACAUUUAUUUCUAUUUUAAAGAAACCUACCUUGGCAACCAGAAAUACGUUGAAAUACCUAAAAUGCGAACCGGGAGAAUCGAAUAUUGAUUUUUGUUUUGGUUCGUAGUUCGUAAUCCGUGUCAGGAAAAUAAGCUUUGAAAAAUGCGUUUUCUUUUUCCAAUAUUUUUAAAUAUAUGUAUAUCAAAAGCAGCUGUAUUUUUAUGGAGUAACAAAAAAUUAGAAAUAUCUCCCUUACAGCCUUUUACUAUGGAACAAUUUUCAAAUUUAAGUAAAGAAUUGGGUGAUCCAGAGGUGUAUUAUUUUCGUAGCUCUUCAAGAAUAUCGCCUUACAUAAAAGAUGUAAUUGAUGGCUAUUACUCCUCUUAUGUCCCAAAUGGAGACCUUGAUGUUGAAGAAAGCAUAGACCUUUUAGGAAGUGAUAUAUUGGAUGCCGAGAAAGUAAGGGAAACUUUAAGUCACACAAAUAAAUCCUCUAAUAUUUUGUCUGUGAUAGUUAUUCCCUACAAGCGGUAUAAAAGGGAAAUUGAGAAAAUUACUACCGAAGUGUCGGAAGUCAAACAAGUCUCUCAACAACAAGAACCUGUUAUAUACAAAAGCAUAAAUACUAAGGAUGAAUUGUAUGCUUUGUUGUAUUCUUCCAAACCACUGCUUUUGAAAACAAAUGACUCCGAACCAUUCGAGCUGCAUUUGGGAAAUACUCCUUCCGAUAUGAUUAUAUACGACACUCGAUUAAAUGUUAACGUCAUACCCUUAGAAGGUGGAACUAAGAUAAUACUUCGAUUUAGUAUUUCGUGGCUAAACGGGUACUGGUCUUUACCUUCAGUCAAAGUAAUUGUUCCAGAGUAUUACAGAGAAUACAACUUAACCACCGAUGAAGAUAUUAUGGCCCCCGCCCAUUUUUCCUACCACUGUAACGGGUACUCAGUUUUUUCUGAUGGAAACGGAGCAGAAUUGUACAUCUACGAUUUGCAAGUACAAGUGGAUUCCAAGAACGGAAAAUUCGGAGAUGCUAAUGAUUGCGUCUCGUUUACAACUGCUCCGAUUUGGUCUGGGUUGUUUGUAACGACACUGUUAGGUAUAGGUUUAAUCGUCGCUUUAACCGCGAUUAUGGACAUUAAAACAAUGGACAAAUUUGAUAAUUACAAGACAAAGAAUCUUACCAUCACAAUCUCAGAAUAGAAUGUUAAGAAGUUGCAAAAGACGCAUACAUAUCUAUAUUUUCACCUCCCAGCUUGAGACCAAGGUCUCGUAUAUAUCAGAGCGAUGUGUCUACUAUUUGUCUGUGAUUUUAAGUUUUUUAAGAUUUUUGUUAUAAUUUAUAUUUUUUUAGUUAAUGUAUUGUUAAAUAAUGUUUUUGA